AUCAUGUAUCGGUUUUUAUUUCAUUAAUUAAAAUGUCUGAUAAAUAUUUUCUUCAGUGUUGUAUUUGUUCCACAACACACGAGAGUGCUGAUAUUAGUGAUUCAUCAUGUUUUACAAAGUUUUUUAUGCAACUUAUGAGUUUAAAAGAGUUUAAAAGGCAGCUAUGGCUCUGCAAAUGGUGCAAGGCUGCGGUACAAAAGUCAAUCGAUGUUAUAACAUUGGCCGUCAAAGCAAGGAAAGGACAUCAUAAGCCAGCUACAUACUACUCAGACGCCAAUCCAUUAACAGCAUUGGACUAUUACCACCACCCAUCCAUAGACAUACCUCCAACCACAGAUAAAAACACACAAGAGACCACAGACAAUGCUAUCCAAGAAACAAAUAACGAACAAUCAGCUGAAGUAACUGAAACAUCAAAUAAUAACAAUGAAAAUACAUCAGAAUUGGAAUUAAGAGACAGAAAAAAAUUAUACAACUUUGACGCGAUGAAAUUCGAUAUAAUAUACUUGAAGUUUGAAGAUCAGAUGAAGGAAAUAGAAGAGAAUAAGAAGAAAUAUAAAGAUUUUGAGUACCAAUGUGCUCAUUGUGGUCUGGGUUUUUUGAAAAGUGAUGUUUUUGUUGAACAUAAGAUUCGUCAUUCCGAGUUCACAGGCAAAUACGUUUGCCCAGUGUGCAGCGUCCGUUUCCGAUCGCACGAGGUCCUCUGCCAGCACACGUUACAACAUCGUCGUCGCUUCAAAUGUCAGAUUUGUGCCGCGGAGUUCAAACGGUGGUCCCGGUGUAUCGCGCACCGCUGUACCUGUGGCGCCAUCGUUAAUCACAUCGCCUGUAAAGACUGCUCUAAGAUCUUUCGCGAUGAACAUAAACUCAAGAUUCACAUGAAGGUUCACAGCCGCGAGAGGUACGCUUGCGACCAUUGUGACAAGAACUUCUCGAGUAAACAACACUUGAUUGUACAUUUGAGGGUCCACUCAGGCGACCGUCCCUUCAAAUGCAUACCAUGCGGCCGCUCGUUCAACACGGGCUCGAACCUGCGCGCGCACAGAGCGGUCCACAGCAAGGUGUCGCCGCACUACUGCGUCGAGUGCCACACCUACUACAAGACAUCUAAGAGUCUGAUACGACAUCUGAAUGAAUCUUCCCGGCAUGCGGUGAAGAAUAUGGAUUCAUUCCCCUGCCCGAAUUGUCCGAAACAGUUUUCGACUGAGAAUCUAUGA